AUGCGUGGCCUUUGCCAUGUCCUAUGGCUGAUUCCCGCCUUGUCUCCCUCGGUUUCUCAUUCGGAGUUUGCGGAUCUGCAUUGUUGGCUGUUCCCAGUGCAGCGGUGUCGUUCGGAUCCAGAGUGGCUGGCGGGAACACCGCGGGUCCUGCUGGGUCAACCGGCUGCGGAUCGAUGCUGGGAGGAAGCGCGGGAAGCCUGGAUCAACUGCAGAAAUGCCGGGCUGGAAGCCGUGGACUUUGCAUUGGCUCCCAAUGUGAAGCAAGCUGGUGAUGCAGCAAUUCCAGACUUCUGCUCGCUGGCAUACACAGGUUCCUAUCCAUCAAUGGCUACCCAAGGAUUGCUGCAGCAGCUCGAGGAGGAUAGAUCGAUGCGGGCCUUCUUUGAUUACCAGGUCUCUUUUUGGUGGGCAAACAAGGAAAUGACUCAAUUCUCAGACAUUGAUCUCAGCAGGCCCGUGUGCAACAGCUUGUGGAGACCGGUGAAGGAAAAGGCGAAUCUGAUUGCUGCCACCAACGACAGCCACUUCUGUGGGUCCUGCACAGAACAGCUGAAAGAUAUGUGGAUGCGUGCGGGAAAUGACUUGGACUUCGCUGAGUUCCCCUUCAGUGCAGCAAAGGCUGAUUGCUUCCUUGGAGUUUUGACCCUCACAUUGACUGAGCUUUUCUGUGUCCAUUCCUGCGCGGCAUUCGCUGACUCGGACGACUCUGAAGUUCCUGAUUGGGACAUUCACACCAUGCUUUGGAAGAAGGUGCAGUUGGAAUUGGAAGGUCUCUUCUUCUUUUUUGACUUCCCAUUGGCUCUCCUGGCAUCUUCAGGCUGGCCUGUGCUGCCGUUACUGCAUCGUUUGGGCAGAGCAUUUCAGCAAAACUUUGGUAAUGUGAUACCCAACGAUUGCGACCUUCUUGACGGGAAGAGGUCUGACGAGCUGUUUUCGCAAGUACAGCUCUUGCUGGACUCGAAAGAAAUGGAACUGCCCCAGAUCCGACAAAUUGCGGACACUGCCAGUGCCUAUCUCAAUGAUGUCUACAACACCUGUCCAUUUGCCGUGGGAACAGCUGUGCUGGCACUGAUGCGAGCGGCACAACUGUCCAGUGUCAUCCAAAUCUCUGAUUCCGAUUUUUCUUUUCUGGCCAUGGAUGCCAUGAAAACCUGGGACGCGAUGAAUGGUGAGCGCGUUGGACUUAAGAGACACUUCUUCUAUGAUCUUUUAACCACGCGCUGGCCGUGGCUGCAGCUAGUGGAGCAGGUGAACCGCUGGAGGAGCCCCCGACUGGCAAGACAUUGGCCGGUGGAUGACGUCGCAGUGAAGGAGGAGCUGCUUUUGCCAAGUUGCGAGGACCGUGUGAUGGCGUCCAGAGAAAGUUGGGAAUGGCAUUGGACAAAUUCACCCUUUCAGGCCCACGGCCAGAAGUUGGACCAGCCACGAACUUUCCACGAUGUCGCGUUGAGCCUGUGCAAACUCGAUGGAAUGGAAGUUCUUUUUCUGAGCGGCACGUCUUCAGGAUACAAAUGGGGCUCCUACACCGUGCGCGGCAGACAGGUUGCUCGGGGCUUGCGACGACUUUUGCCCAUGGGCCCAGAAGUGCGCGCAAGGGCCUGGAAUCAGGAUUGUACAACUUGGUGCAGUGACCGACAAGUCUAUGGAGAGAAUUGGUCGAACCCUGCGAUCAUUGUACAUGUCAAGUUUCCAUGCAAAUGUGCUUUGGAGAUGUUCACCACGGGUGACUCCACUUGGACACCUUUGCAUGUCUAUGAUCAGGUGGAUUUAUUCUCUUUGGUCCCUGAUGGAAUGGCUGUCUUCCUGGCUCAGACAUCAUUGGGUGCCCAAGAUUAUGGUUCGCACCCAUCAGUGCUCGCUGCUGGGAUGCAGGUCUUUUGGCAUCCCUUGCAUCACUCCAACGAGCAAGGAUACCAGGUACCUUGGCGCGAGAAAAUAGAGGUCAUUGGUACUCAUACUGUUCACAAUGACACUGAGCUCUUUGCAGCUGUGAAGCUUUUAGCCUCCAACUUGGGAGUGGAAUUUCUGCACAUCGAUCCGACCGCUCGCUUUGCAAACACCGCUGGAUUGGUCGUCAGUCCGCAACAAACACUCGAGCUUUACGAACAAUUUGGAGAGAUGGACAUCACAGUGAUGCGACAUGCUGGUUGCAUGGAUCAUCUCAACUGCAGUGCAACUCGAAGCUGGCUUUGCGAUCGAUACAAGACGGGGCAACGAUUGGUGAACGCUUUUGCAGUGGGUUUGCCAGCAGUUUUCUGGCACCAGCAAGGAUUUUUGGAUCUGGUCGCUGGAACAGAUUAUCCAGCUAUUGCCACAAGCAUGGACCAAGCCUUGCACUGGCUCUCUGAGUUGGUCACCAACUCGUCCCUACGUCUCCAGUUGCGUCAGCAGGCCCUGCAGCUGGCCGAGCCCUACAGCUUGGAGAAGCUGAGCCAACGCCUGGCGUUGAUCUUCGCGCAGGUGAAUGAGUCGUUUCUCAGCGUGCAGUCCUCCCCCAGCUUCAGCGAUGAGGUAGACAUUGAGGCAUUGCAAAGUGAAAUGUCCAAGGGAGUGUGCAAGGAAUAUUCGGCUGCAGGUCUGUGCUUUCUUUGGCCUGGUUUUAUAUUUGGAGGCUGCCUCUUGCUAUGCGGCUUUCUGGCACCAAAGACGUGUCACCUUUCCGUCGUGCAUGCGUUGAUGGACCUGGGGAUAGAGUAUAUCACUAUGAGCGGUGCGUUCUGUGCCAUCGUCUUGCUGUUUGCAAGUCAGGUGGGAAAACUGGUUGGUUUCAGAUUUGCUGCGCACAAAUACAAGGAGCAGCAACGUGAACGCGAGGAGAAGGAAGCAGAACUGCUGGCGUCGAAUAUGUUGAAGAGGAUGGCAACGACCAAAUCUUGUGCGCUAAUAUUUGCUGCAUCGUUCAUUGUCCUCACAGUGGUACUUUGGAUCUGGGGCAUUUUAUCAAUGCACUCCUCUCCACAGUGCGGCUGGGCUCACGCGGCAUUCUGGUGUUUAUUCGCGGUCUCAUUCAGCUCACUGGUCUUUGCCGGCUUCAUUCUUUGUAGAUACCACGACAGAAUUGAAAUCAGCUAA